CCAGAAAGGAGGUGUGUAUGUACGCUCUUCGUUUUUUUACAUCGGGAGCGCGGAUCUCUCGAUUUUUAUCCAAAUCGCCUACGCUUAAAAAACCUGCUACCGAGCGAAGGGCAGUAAUUUCACCUGCGGUUUAAUACGCGCGUCUCGUCGCGGCGUUAAAAGCCGCGAUAAAAGGUUACGCGACGUAAUGCACGUCGACGAGAGAUGAGAGUAGACGAGAGAGAGAGAGAGAGGAGAGAGACAGAUAGAAAGAGAGAGAGAGAAAGACAGAGAAAAGAGGAGGGAGAAAGAGAAGAAAAACAAAACGAGCAUCGUGGGUGAAAAAAAACUCGAUGUACCGUCGUCACCGGCGGCAACAGCGGAUAGAUCCCCUCCGAGGAGGAUCGCACUCGCACGUUCUCGCACGCUCUCGCUCGGUCGGGAUGCCGAGCGUGACCGAAGGCCGGCGCGAGUAUCGCCGGAAAUGGCCGAAGUGCGGACGUACUGCCGAAACGUCACGUAGGCGAUGUUGCUAGGCGGUCGACUGUAGGCGACGUGGGGCGAAGGGAAUGGCGGGGUAUCCUCGAGGUGGGAUCGCCCGUAUAAAAGUCGCGUCAGCAACCGGCGGCCGAUCAGUCGAAAGGGUGAAUUUGCCGUGGAUCUUUGUCGAGAGCUCUCAAUUCGCAGUCGCUCCGGUGAAAGCUUUCGGUGUUACGGAUCCGGUUGCCUAUUGUCCGUCAUCAAUCUGUUCUCCGUGGCCGCUUUCCACGCGUUUCCAACAGCCUCGUCCAUCGUUCGCCGUCGACAUCUCUUUCUCGAGGAAAAUCGCGUUGCCGUCCGGCAAGGCCGACGAGAAAGCCGUGUCCAUUGUGCGUCCGCCGCUGCAAGACUUUCUCGCGAAAUCAUGGAGGUCCUGCCGUGUCCUGUCAAUGUGGACUUCAGCAACACCCGAGCUGGAAACGAGACGGACGAAUUGGACGGUGCCUGUCAGGCGUUGGCGAAGAGGCUGGAGGUUGAACUCAGGAGGGCUAAACACGCCCAGCUGGCUUGCGGCGAGGUUCUCCUACCUGCCGAUUUGCUGCCCAAGAUAGCCAAAGAUGUACUUACGAUGGCAGAGAAUGAGCCCUGCGGCCUUCGAGGCUGUACGUUGUUCAUCAGCUUCGAAACGGAUAGCAUGUGCCGCAAACUGUCGAGAAUACAGUGCGAUCCCAGUACUGUGUCGACGUUCGAGCUCUAUCUCACGCUGAAACAGGAUCAUACAUCCUGGCACAUGCUGCUGCCUCAAUUCUUAAAAAAUCUCACACGUGGCGGUACCAUCAUGAUCAGUAGGGAUUUCACUUUGCAAAAGAAGAAACUCUACAGGUCUUUCCAGCAAUCUCAUUGAAGUAUCUCGGGAUCACAUACCGGAGUUUUGCACGUUGUAACGAUCACCCGUUUUGCCUAAACGGGUGCGGCCAUUUUUGUCAGUUAAUUGCCCUAUAGGCGUUGGCCAAAUUCAUACAAUAUCGAAGACCAGGAAAGAAAAAAAACUAAGACGGCGGAAGCAGAGGACCUGAGGUUAGAUUUCGUCGUUGUAAUGGCACGCUGUAAAAUUCGCGUAUCAUGGUCGCGAUUAUGCGAGGUGUUGCGUUUAACCCUUUAACUUGGAAAUUACAUUUCAAUUUUCUAUAUAAAUGACACAUUUUACUUAUAAGAAACAGUAGAGUUUUUGAACAAAGGUACUUGCACGUACAAGUGCAGGAGAUACUGAAAUUGAUCUGUGUGUUUAGAAUUUAUUCAAUGGAUGUGUAAAGAAAUGAAAUAGUUCGUAGAAAUGCUGCUUUACGGUGUAAAAAUAUUGCAGUUUGAACACAACAGAUUUACGAAAAGUUAGAUCUUGCGUUCAAAAUCUAGUGAUGUAUAGAUCUAAAAGAUGAAGAAUCUAUAUGUUCACAGAUCUAAGUUCUAUUAUUAGUUAAAAAAAAAUUGAAUCUAACGAACAAAAAUCCAGAUAUUUCAACCUAUAAGAUUAAUCAGGGAUUAAAGAAUUCAGUUGAAUUAUAUUUAAUUGUAAUCCAGAAAAUAAGUAAACGAUUAGAUUCGCUAGAAUUAAAAAAAAUAUUUGCAAAGCUAGUUUAUAAGAUAUGUAGAAUUUGAAGAUCGUUGGAAUUGAGGAUCGUAGAAUUUAAGCUUUCCAAAAUCUAGGGAUUUGGAGUUAGAAGUAUUGUAACGGUAAGGAUGAAUCUUAACAUGUUUUCACUGUUGAAUGGCGAGUCAGUUAAAGGGUUAAUGACAACACCAUCGCUUUUUUGUUCUGCUGUCACCAUGCAAUACUGUAUUCAAGGAGAGAGGCCUAUUACGCGUUCGAUAAUUGUGAUAGCGCGCGAGACAAGUUCUAAUAGUGGUAGAUCUUAUAUCGCGAGGAGUGGUCUCUCGCAUCUUCGUUCUUGAAGAGGAUAUGUGAUUAUAAGACUUGUAACAAAUUUCACGUGAUACGUAGCAAGUAUAAUUAGUUUUUAGAGCGCGUUUUACUGAUUAAUCAUAGUCAGGUAGCUAUUAGUCGCGUCGGAUGUUUAGUGAUGAUCCUUCGAAGCUCGUGUGUGUACGUCUCUCACGGACGAGCACAUAUUGUCCAUUUUUCAUUGUGAAAUGUGAAAUGAUUAUGCUGGAAUAUGUGGCAGCAUAUUCUCCAAAUAGUAACCUUUUAUGGAAAUCUUGCAGGAUAGUCCCAGAGAGAAAUAGAUCCUAAUGAGACUAUCAUUUUGUGAUUAAUCAAGUCACUAUUGAUAUUAACAUAAGAAUAAUUCGAAUAUAUAAUCAUAUAAUCGAAUUAUCUUACAUUGAGAAGCGUAAGAACUCGAAUAAUAAUUCAUAUUUUUCAGUUAAUUUUUACAUUUUCAAUUUUCGAAAACAAAAUGUUUGUCUUAAAAAUCAA